GAGUGAGAAAGGUAGUAGUGUUUUGUUUGUUUACAUUCUAAAAUGUAGCCAGAGUUUUCUGCUAAUUGUAAUUCCCUCUUUCCUUCAUUUUAUUGACAUCUUUCCAGUCUGCUCAAACAUGGUUAACUGUUCUAUUGAUGGCUGCAAGUCGAGGGUGGGCCGGGACAAAGUCAGUUUUUAUGGGCUCCCUGCAGUAUUAACUAGACAGUGUGAGUUGACGAUGGAGCUGUCAGAACGGCGGAGAAAAUGUUGGUUUGAACGUAUUUAUCGAUCUGGCUUCGAUGAAACAAGUGUUCCACGAUAUACGCGUGUGUGCGCCAACCACUUUAUCACCGGAAAGCCAUCUACAUUAUUUGAUGUUGCAAAUGCUGACUGGGCACCCAGUGUCAAUCUAGGUAAGUCCGCAUCCUGUUUGACAAGGAGUAAAGGAUAUCAGAAACGUACAACAGCAAGACGCAAGAAAGGGAAAGAUGAAGAGACUGAAUUCUCAUGUCAAAUCAAGGGUGACCGGAUAAAGAAAGAAGUUGAAGAUAAUCCAUUAAUUGAGGAAGAUGAAAGAAAAGUUACUUUCGAUGAUGUGCCUGGCACAGGAUGUCAAACAGAAAUAACUUGUGAAGGGUUUACACGGCUUGAAGAGAUGUACAAGAAAUUACUCGAGGAGAAUAUUGCUAUGAGAAGAGAACUAGAAACACUCAAAUCUUUGGUGAGAGAACCUUCAGACAUAGAAGAUCCUUUGGCCAUGAGUGAUAAUGAGGGUUCUUCUAGUGGUUUGGAGAAGGUGGAAGUAAUCCUCAAAACAGAGCCAGAUCCUGACAUAGAUACAGACGCAAAUCAUGAUCCCGAAAGCUUUGCUGACCUUCCAUCUUAUGAUUCGGAGUUUGUAGACGUUCCUGGCAACCGGCUUAGUUCUUUGUGUGCACGGUCGCAACCAACUUUACGGUUACAUCGUUACACAGGACAAGAGGUACAAUCCAAUGCUGAUCCAAGACCCAAUCACAAUAGCCCUGAAGAUAAGGAAACAGAAUCCGAUGACUUGAAUACCAAAAGUCAAAAAUCUCUACGUCCACAGAAACGCACCAAGAAGUUUCCUUGUCCAGAAUGUGGACAGAAGUUCAUAUCAAAUCAAGCUUUAGAAAUUCAUGUGCGAAUUCAUACUGGAGAGCGACCUUUUGAAUGUGCAGUGUGUCAGAAAGGCUUCAGUGUUGCAAGCACUCUGAAAGCACACAUGCGAACUCAUACUGGCGAAAGACCUUAUGCAUGCCAAUUAUGUCCAAGGAGGUUCUCUGAACAUGGUACUCUGAAAUGUCACAUGCGGACCCAUACAGGGGAGAAGCCCUAUGAGUGUGAUGUGUGUCACAAAAAGUUUUCUGAAAACAGCACUCUGCGUAGGCACUUGUUGACCCAUACUGGGGAAAGGCCAUUUGAAUGUGAAACAUGUCACAGUAAAUUUAUUCAGAAGUAUAAUCUGAAUAACCACAUAAGAAGAGUACACACAGGAACAACAUUAGGCUUGUGAUAAAGUGAAUGUUUCUAGUCAGUAUAUAUUCAAUCUAGUCAUCACAAAAAAAGGGGGGGGGGCGCUUUUUCUUACAAAAAAAAAGAAAAAGAAAAGAAGCACAACUUUUUGAAAUUUGUUUGUUUCAGUCUUUGCACUGUCCUUUGAAACACAAAUGCUGGUUCAAAUGUUGAGAUUUCAAAUAUUCUUCAUUAUAACCCAUUCUGUCAUACGGUAGUUGCCUUGUAACUAUUGAAUUUUAUUACAUACAAACAAUAAAAUAAAAGUCAAUUGAAUUUUUUU